AUGGAGGCGGAAGUGCUGCAAGACAAUCAUUAUACAGAAAAAGGGCAAACCAUCAGUCUAUCACUAAGAAGGAUUCCAGAUAUACAUGGAGUUCCUAGGCUUGCUAGCUCUUGGGGUUGCCGCAAUGCUGGGAGUUGUCGCUGGCGAUGACUCAACCUGGAGCAGUGGCCGUGCCACGUUCUAUGGCGGUAACGAUGCCUCAGGAACGAUGGGAGGUGCGUGUGGGUACGGCAACAUGUUCAGCGCAGGGUAUGGAACGAACACGGCGGCGCUGAGCACGGCGCUAUUCAACAACGGGCAGAGCUGCGGUGCAUGCUUUGAGGUCCGAUGUGCCGGCGGGGCCAGCUGCUCGUCGGGCUCCGUGGUGGUGACGGCAACCAACGUCUGCCCGCCCAACUAUGCGCUCCCCAACAACGACGGUGGGUGGUGCAAUCCUCCGCAGUCGCACUUCGACCUCACUGUGGCCGCGUUCACUCAGAUCGCCCAGUACCGUGCCGGGGUCGUGCCCGUCCAGUUCAGAAGGGUGGCCUGUAUCAAGUCGGGCGGCAUCCGGUUCACGGUCACCGGCCACUCCUACUUCAACCUGGUGCUCAUCUCGAACGUGGCCGGCGCCGGCGACCUGAAGUCGGUAUACGUGAAGUCUCCAGGGACAGGGUGGCUGGCCAUGAGCCACAACUGGGGUGCUAACUGGCAGAACGGCGCCAAACUCGAUUCCCAGCCGCUGUCCUUCCAGGUCACCUCCAGUGACGGCCGUACCAUUCAGUGUCCCAACGUGGCGCCAGCCGGAUGGGGUUUCGGCCAGACCUUCUCCGGUGGCCAGUUCUAGCCGGCCGGCCACC